GAUCCAAACCAAAACAAUCAAACACACAGUGAGAGUCUUGAGGAAGAAAAACAACACAGAACAAAACAAAAUGGAAGCAGAGCUCACAUGGGAUAACAAUGGCUCAGCAGUUCUUGAUUGGAUUCGCAGGCAACUUCUUGAGGAAGACGAGAUUGAUCUCACAGCUUCCAGAUCUCCAGUUGAAGAAGAAGAUUCAUCAUCGUCAUCAUCUUCUUCUGAGCUGUCACGAAGCAGAGGAGGAAAUUACAAAGGAGUGAGGAGAAGACCAUGGGGGAAAUACGCUGCUGAGAUCAGAGAUCCGAACAAGAACGGAGCUAGACUGUGGUUAGGGACCUAUGAGACGGCCGAGGAGGCUGCGGUGGCUUAUGACAAGGCAGCUUUCAAGAUGCGUGGCUCAAAGGCUAAGCUUAACUUUCCUCACCUUAUUGGCUGCAUUGACCAGGCUGAGCCUGUGAGAGUCACUCAAUGUCACAAACGUCAGCGUUCUUUGGAGCCUAUUUCUCAGGCAGCUAAACGGCGGAACAUAAUUAACCUGACGGCUUCACUUCCUUCCCUUGGAUUAGAGCUGUCUGUAUUACACAAACACCUACAACAAUUAUAAAUUCAUUUGUUUAAAUUGUUCUUCUUUCAUUGUCCAUAUUUUUCUCAUUUUCCCUAUCUAUAUAUUUAUUGAUUACAAAAGUGAAUAAAAGUAGGUUCAGACUUGUAA